CUUCGUCCAACGAGUGUUGCCGAUUCCAUAAAACUUCUGUUAGUUUUAACGGUUGAUUGGGUAGAUUAUCCACGGUCCUUACGCAAUCUGAGGACGCAGUGCACUAGCGGAGGCUAUCGACCUUCCCACGAUUACUUGAAAGAACUGUUAUGUUGUUGGAAAUAACUUGGUGUCCAGAGGCGCGCAGGGCAGGCUUAGCUCAGCCAGUCGCCUGCUCGCGGGACUCGGGGCCACUUCACCAGACACCACUUUACAAGCUUACAAAAUGUGCGCAAAAUCUAUUUUGUUGUUAUUUUCUAUUUUAUCGACUUACGUAGACUCGGCUUCGUUUGACCAGCGUCAGACUGGAAACUUGAACGUGCAAGUAGACUUGAAGGACAUCCAAAUCAUUGCGUUAAUGAAAGGCGGCAAGGAAGAAUAUGUGGAUUACGACUAUGCCUACGAUUACUCAGAGAUGACGAUAAGACCGCAAAACGGUUCGACAACACCGAGACCGUUAAAUGCAACCACUGAUGCUGAAAAUGAUUCAACAAUUGCCACCACUGUAUUCGAUCUGACUGAGGCGAUAAAAAAUGAUACGUGGUUGAGUGGUGAGACCACACCGGCGCCUACCGCGAGCCACCAAGACACGUUUUCGUCAACAGAAAAAAGUACCGAAGUUUUCGCAACGGCAUCGUCUCCGCCAAUUCAUGACAAAAACAUCACACAAAUACAGACUGCCUCAAAUAGCACGGAAUGUAAAAAAGGCUUUAUGCUUAACCUCAAAGGUGAUUGCGAACUCAAAUUGCAAGGCACCGGAAAUGCGUUGCUGAAAUUAGUUAAAUUGUCCCAGAGGUUGAAACUGAGGAGAGAAAACCGAAGAAAUCAUAAUCAUUCAACAUAAGCUACUGGACUACAUGCUGAUAUAUUUUAAAUA